GUUGUGGGGAAAAAGGCCUGCGUUCACAGCAAUAAAGACUUAAUGUCUGGAAUUGUCUCUGCCUUUAUUCUAGAUGUUUGAAAAAGAUAAGACAGUGGAGUAGCAUGUUGCUGCCCCUAUCCCCACCCCCACCCAUACGCCACCUCUGUUCACCAAACGUUACUCGCCCAAACAGCAAAUUUGUUAUCCCUGCUUUCUAUCAAUGCCGUCAGGACAUGUGUAAUGGAGCGCACACGGGAGGCAAAGAAGGAAGAAAGCACACGAGAGUCUAGCCUGUCUUCUUCCGGAGCGCAUCUUUUUUCGCGGGGCAACACACUGUGCCAGGCAAGGUACGAGCGAUUGCGCGAGACCAGUAAUUCGAACAGGACCAGCGGCGAGGAAUGGAAUGUGGAUAGAUGGAUACCGACGGAAAGAUCAGUGCUGCAUUUUUAUGACCGUUCUAGUCAUACGAACAAGUAAUCGUGUAGAACAUGACUGUGCGCUGCGCUGUAUUUAAAGGCUACCGUUUAUCUUAGACGUGAAAGCGGCAUCUACCAUUUUAAGUCUUAAAUAAAAUGAAUUUCCCAGCACUUUCAAAGAACUGCAUUGCGUAGGAUAUUUGAGAAGUUGAAGAAGGGGGUGUAGGACUAACGUCGCAGACCUAACCAUCGCCUUUAACAAGCACGCAGCACCAAGAAACCGAUAUUCACACAAGUGGAAGGGACACCCCUGGAAGAACUGGUCUCGCGCACUUCUCACCGCUGUGAGUCAAUAUGAAUUUUGCUGUCUGAAUGAAUUGACUACGCUCAAUAUAUACAAUUAAAACGAACUGGUGGAUUACGCAUUGCUUAACAUGAGCAGAUGACAUAACAGAUAUAGAACAAAUGAAAUACACAAAGUUGUAUUUAUGCAUUGAGUCGUUCAAAGCAAGCAAUCGGGACUCACGGGCAGUCUGCGGCUGGUAUGGAACAGCGAUGCGCUGACGAGAUCUAAGAAAACCCGAACUCGGGCUUGUUUUCUUUUGGUGUAAUUAAUUACAUUAUUUAAACAUAUGAAUUGACCUUUCUCUUCAAGGGGAGUGUCCGGUGAUUAUGUAGCAAUGAAACAGCAAGGAUGUAAUGGCUCAUUCAGUAAUGUUAGCGGCAUGUCUGUGAAUAGGCUAUAGCCUGUAGGGUCUGUCUCAGAUAUGAAAUCUGCAGCGACAUGACUGCUAAUAUGACAUCCUUGUAAACUUAAAGAAGAAUACUAUUGCAGUAUGCUGGUUCAUAAUCCUGAGCACUAAAUUGUGCCAUUUGAGAGGCCUAUUUAAAAUAGAGUUACGUAUCACUGGUCCGUACUCGGAAGUCACGUUAUUGUUCCGUUAUGGAGAGAACACGCAUUUGAAAUCAGGGCAGCAUUUUUUCACCGUAUAUUUCAACUGAACAACCUAUGCGCUGAUUAAGCUUUUUGCACAUCUUUCACAGCGGGCCAAGGUGUCAACAACCUGUCCGAUUCUCUUGUGAGAUGUUUUGGUUUCGUUUUAUUUUAAUCGAAUCAAGACCAGACGAGAACAGUGUACUGAAUAAUCAAUAGCAGUUAUUGCAGUCUCAAAAAGCCCAUAGACACUACAACAUGCAGUUUCCUAGUAGCCUAUGCCAAUUUUAUGUCAGAAUGUAGAGGACCAUGCCGUGAGUUAUGGCUAGUGGUGCCGCUUGACCUGGGGAAAUUUGAGUCAAACAGUUCCCUCACCGACCAUAGCAUGUCAUAUUUUCUGGUAUAAAAUGACUUCCUAUGGUUGAGGCCCCCAAUGGUUGUGACCCAGCAGUGGGAGAGGCUUCGAACCCGCAGUUUCUUCCUCGCCCCUCCGCUGUGGAUCUACUCUAGGAUGUUGCGGCAGGUCUUUCACGAAGUGCUGAGGUCGUCUUUCUACAGGCUCGGUCACUUUGUCGCCAACCACCCGGUAUUCUUCGCAACCGCCCCCGUGCUCAUCUCUAUUCUGCUGGGCGCCAGCUUCAGUCGCUACCGUAUUGAAGAAAACGUGGAGUACCUGCUGGCUCCAAAACACAGUCUGGCCAAAAUAGAGGGCAACUUGGUGGACAGUCUAUUUCCCAUCAACAAAUCCAAGCACACGCUGUACUCCGACCUACAGACGCCUGGGAGGUACGGCAGGGUGAUCGUCACGUCGGGUCGGGGGAGUGUUCUGGACCAGCACCACAUCGAUGUCGUACUGAAGCUCCACAACACCAUCACCAAAAUCCAGGUGCACAUGCUGGGCUUCAACUACUCCUUCGUACACCUUUGCCUUCUGGAUGACCACAAGAGCUGCAUUGUAGAUGACAUCCUGCGCGUGCUAGAGGAGCUGCGGGCCGCACGUGCCUCCAACCGCUCCGCGCCUCCAGUGCGCUACCCUAUCGCCAGGCUGCAGGAUGGGCGACAGACCUACAUCGGGCACCAGCUGGGCGGGGUGCUGGCGGCGGGCCGGGAGGGCGUGCGCUAUGCGCGGGCUCUGCAGCUCAGCUACUACCUGCAGGCGCUCAGCCCGCUCAAUGACAUGAUGGCGGCUCGCUGGGAGGUGCAGUUCUGCCUGGCGCUAGAGCGCUACCGCAAGGCGCACCCCGAGAUUGGUGUGUACCCCUUCACCUCCUCCUCACCGCAGCAUGACUUCCAGAGAACCAGCAAGGUGUCAGAGCACUCCCUUUUGGUCUGCCUGUUGUUGUGCAUCUCGCUGGCAGUGCUGUGCUGCACCAUGCGGGACUGCGUGCGGACUAAGCCCUGGCUCGGCCUCCUGGCACUGCUCAGCAUCAGCCUGGCCACACUCACCUCGGCCGGCAUCAUCAACCUAUCGGGCGGCAAGUACAACUCCACCUUCCUGGGGAUCCCCUUCAUCAUGUUGGGUCAUGGGCUGCUUGGCACCUUUGAGAUGCUGUCAUCAUGGCGACGAACGAGGGUGGACCAGCACGUGAAAGAGCGUGUAGCAGCAGUGUUCUCAGACUGUAUGCUGCCCUUCACCGCCAGCACAGCCUUGUACCUGGUCACCUUCGGCAUUGGUGCCAGCCCUUUCACCAACAUUGAGGCUGUGCGCCUCUUCUGCCGCACCACUUGCAUCUCCGUGUUCUUCAACUACCUCUACAUCCUCUCCUUUUAUGGUUCCAAUCUAGUCUUUACAGGCUACCUGGAGAAUAACUACCAGCACAGCCUGUUCUGUAGGAAGGUGCCUAAGCCCGAACUGCUGCAGCAGAAGCCGGCCUGGUACCGUUUUCUCAUGUACACCCAGUACAAUGAGGAGACAGGUGAGCCAGGUGAUCUGCAUGCCUAUGAGAGCCACUUGCUGGUGGCCUUCAUGAAGCGGUAUUACUGCGACUGGAUCACCAACACUUAUGUCAAGCCCUUUGUGGUCCUGGUUUACCUAGUCUAUAUCUCAUUUGCUCUGAUGGGCUACCUGCAGGUGACCGAGGGCUCAGACAUUGGCAACGUGGUUGCCACAGAGACCAACACCAUUGUUUACACCCGGGCCCAGCAGCGCUACUUUAGUAACUACAGCCCCGUCAUUGGCUUCUACAUCUACGAAUCCAUCGAGUACUGGAAUGCCAGUGUGCAGGAUGACGUGCUGGAGUAUACUAAGGGCUUUGAGAGGAUCUCCUGGUUCGAGAGCUACCUGAGCUACCUGCGGAGCAUCAAUGUGAGCACCAGCCUGCCCAAACAUGACUUCACUGAGCACCUGCGCCAUGGCUUCCUACGCCUGCCACAGUUCUUGCAUUUCUCUGAUGACAUAAUCUUCAUCAAGCGCACCGACGGUGAGGUGGAUGUUGUGGCCUCUCGCAUGUUCCUGGUGGCCAAGACCACAGAGAACAAACGGGAGGAGAUGUACGUCCUGCUGGACACAUUGCGGAAACUCUCACUUACCUCCCGGGUUAAGUUCAUUGUCUUCAACCCUUCCUUCAUCUACAUGGACCGGUAUGCCUCUUCGGUGGGCGCCCCGCUUAAGAACUCCUGCAUCUCCACCCUCUUCCUCCUCUUCUUCUCUGCCUUCCUAGUAGCUGACCCACUGGUCAACGUGUGGCUGACAGUGACGGUGGCCUCGGUGGAGUUUGGUGUGAUCGGCUUCAUGACGCUGUGGCGGGUAGAGCUGGAUUGCAUCUCGGUUCUGUGCCUGAUCUAUGGGAUCAACCAUGCCGUGGACUGGUCCAUGCCACUGGUGUCGGCUUUCGCGCUGGGUCAGGACUACACGCGCACUCAAUGGGUGAAGCUGACACUGGAGAGGCACGGUGUGCCCGUGCUGCAGAGCUACGCCUGCUACAGCGUCGCCCUGCUGCCGCUGGCUGCUGUGCCGUCCAACCUCACUCGCACACUCUUCAGGUGCCUCUUUCUCACCGCACACAUCACUGCCUUCCACUGUCUGGCUGUCCUGCCCAUCCUACUUACCUUCCUGCCACCAUCCAAGAAGAAGAGGAAAGAACGGCGGGCAGGUGACGGACGAGAGGAGAUUGAGUGCGUGGAGAUGGCAGACAGCACCCAUGUGGUCGACCAGAUCACCACGGUCUGACCUUGGGGAAAUGGCUGCUGGCUGCAGUCAACUGGGUCAACACAGUCCAAAACUGAAAUGGGACCACACAGUUGACCAGAUUACUGCAAUCUGACAUAAAUGGUCAGGUAUUAGUCAACUAGGUCAUGUGUAGUCUUACAGAGAAAGAGCUUGUGCUGAUGACCAGAUCACUGCAGUCUCACCUGAGAUAGGGUGACGCUGUUGACCAGAUCACAACGGUCUGGCACAGAUGGGCUUUGGAAGGUCAACCACAUCACUGUGGUAAAUCAAGAACAGGACAAUCAGGUAUCUAUGGUUUGACAGUGACAUGAUAAAUGUAACCAGAUUAUUAAGAUCUGACCAAGGUGGGCCAAAUCAAACAUGGUUAAACAUGUCAGACUGAGAUUAACAUGCAUGGUCAACUAGGUACCCUUUUUUGUUUGAGAGAGACAUUCAGGCAAUGAGGGGGUUGAGGGAUUGACGGGAAGGAUCAGAGUCAGGAUAGAGAUAGAGGGAGGCAGGGACAGGGUGUCUGAUGAUCCAGAGAUUCCAGCUGAGCAAUUUUGCUGAGUUCAGCACAAAUGUAAAAAUAUCUGCUGCCAUUGGGGGAGGACCCAAUGGAAUAGCUGGUGGGUGCCUGGUAGGGUUGGGUAUCAAGAACCGGAUCCAAGUUGGAACCGGUUCCAAAUUUCCAAGAACCGUGGAUUCGAUAAAACCCGUGCAUUUCGAUUCUGCUUCGGUUCCUAACUUUUGCAUAUUUCAGUCGUGCUCCUGAGUGAACCGCAGUGAGCAUUUUACAGUCCAUAAAAUUUGCAGGGCCUGCUACGUGGACCUAAUGUCACGUAAUUUGUUACGCAGUACGUCAACAAGGUAUGUGAGAAGAGACACUUCUGUUUACAUCCUGGACCAUAGCUGAAUGCAACAAACGCUCGAAAGUUUGGUUUAGCUAGACUAAAAAAGAUAACAACACCGCAUUAUGACGAAGCAUUUACUUCAACAAGGUGUGAAUCUUAAGGAAUGCACUGUGUUCGAUGUGUUGCGGUCUCCCAGCCACAAUAACGCCCAAGAUACAAGGAAUGUUAACAGUAGAAACGUCUCACGCUCAGAUACAAAACACAGAUGAGCUGACAUUCGCCUUUUAUAUUGAAAGUAAACGAAUGAUGUCUACAAAUUAUGUAAAGAAUAAACCACAACGGGCUGUCCCGUUAUUGGAAAAUAAUGUAUGACGGGGGUGGUGAUGCGGUCGAGGCGAAGCCAAGGUCACUUGACCACCACCGACAGACAUUAUUUUCCAAUCACGGGACAGCCCGGAGGGGUUUAUUCCACUUAUACAGGUUACCAACAAUGACUAUAUAUGGUUACUUUAAUAUUUAUUGAUUUUUAUCAACUGAAUCACCUGAAAGUGAAAUAUUCUUCCGUGGCCAUUUGGGCACAUUAUUUUACCGUUGUUAAGCAAAACUGUGGUUGGUAGUUCUAUUUAGACCGUUGUUAUGCAAAAACUGGUUGGUAGUUCUGUUUGCACCGUUGUUAAGCAAAAACCUCUGGUCAUUAAUUCUAUGAAACCAAUGAUUCUAUCAAGAAAAAAUAGUUCCUUCUUGUUUUAUACCAUACAAUUAACACCAAUUUUGGUCAUUUUUGUCGUUACAUUAAAUAAGAAAACUACAUGAAACCAUAACUCAAUCAAAUGAAUCUCCCUAGCUCUGUCUUGCUUUUUAAAAUGUUGUGGUCUCGCAGUGUAGACACCGGGUUUGAAUGCCAGUUAGCUUUAUGAUAGCUUCGCUGUCACUUGUCACCUAGCCAAUAUUAAAAUUCUGGGUUUUAGGUCGGAAUGGUCUCACAGCAUGCUUGUUAUCCUGGCUAGCUAGCUAGCUAACCAUUGAAUUGUAUUCAAAACAGCGGUUACUACAAAUGGAAUCGUUCACAAAGAUACGGAUGAAAAUGCGUCCCGUAGCCAUGAGUUAAAUACGGAACGCCUAUUCUACUGUCCAAAUAAGGGAUGAUUCCGUAUUUUGCGGGAUGGUUGGCAUCCCUAAAUGAAUCCAGUAACUAGAUUUUUCUUCAGAAGAAUUGUUGACUUUGCGUUGCAGACAUCCACUCUCUUUGACAUUGUUGUUGCUUCCAUAACAACUGUCUGUUCAUUAUUUUGUUAUAUUCUAAUAUUUUUUUGUUUGUUAUAUUUUUCCAUUAUUUAUUUAAAUUGUUUUGGUUUGUAAUUUUUUUUGUUGAUCAUUCCUUAUAAGAAAGAGCAAUACUUAUUUUUAUAAAUGAAGGGAAAAAGAAACCUUCCUGUCACCGUUGACAGUUUACUGAUUAUAUCAUAAAUGUGGGAAGAAUAAAGGUAGGCUAAUUUUUGUUCUUGAACUAUUUGUUCUUUUUUUCUCUCCAAAAAAUAUUGGAAUCAGAACCGAGAUUCGAUAAGGAUCGGAUUUGAUAAGCGGAAUCAGAAUCGAUAAAAUUGAAACGAUACCCAACCCUAGUGCCUGGUUGGGGUUAAAGGUCACAGUGUGCUGUCAGACAGUUAGACUUAAAAGGAUGGUAAAUCAGAUCCUCCUUGGUGGUGUUUGGGCAGAGAGUGCAAUGAAGGCAUUGAUUCAAUUGAAUGUUUCUUUUUGUACAUUUUUUUGUACUGUUGCGCUGGAGGGGGUUAGGUUGAGUUACCCAGUUUUAUCUAAUCUGACCCAUAACCUACUAGAUAAACUCCCUCACAUUGAUACCACUUUCCUGGGCUGGGCCAUCCUGUGAGAGAGUGUGAUAAGUUCUAACAAGUUACUGCUAUUUGUACCCUUUCCUGCCACUGUGGAAAUGCUUCCUGUCCUACAUUGUCCUUUCUUCAUCACCCUUGUCAGAUAUAUAUCUGUGGUUUGCCUGCACCAGUUCCACAGAAACUGUAGUCCUCUGGCAAAAUGGCUGCUCAGUUCAGCUCAUGUGCUUUGGAGUAAAAAGUAGUGUUUGGCUGCAAGCACAUCGUUCAAAAACAGAUUUAUUGUGCCAGCGCCUCUCCAUCACUACAAUCAUGAAUAUUCCUCCUCUACCAGGCAAUUAGAUUAUGAAUGAUCUACUGAAACAAUGGUUUUAUGCACGUUGAUCAUGAUUAAAAUCUGAAACUGAAGGAUGCUGAUAUGAAAUGUGUAUUUACUUUUCCAGUGUUGCACAUUACUGAUGAUCUCAGUAUCUCAUCUUCUGAGCUAAGAUUUCAGUGCAGGGGAGAAUGUGGGCGCUAAACCUGGAGUGAAAUGUCUAUUAGCCCCUUGGGGGUGACACCUGCUCUGUUUGUAGAGUAGCAGGACUUGCUGGUAGACAUGAAUCAGAAGAGAUGAGGGAUCAUUGUGGAGCCCUGCCACUGUAGCAGACAUGGUUAUAUUCUCCUUCGUAUUCAAGGACAGCUUCUGCUUUUAACAAGAGACAAAAAAAAUUUGUCUUUAAAUGAAUGCAUUGUUAUCGUGGCACCAAGUCACAGAAGGCACUGUGGGCCUGUCUUUACUUACCUUCUGUAACCCGCAUGUAUGUGUGUGUGUCUGUGUGUGUGUGUGAGCAUGCGUGCAUACUUGCGUGCGUGCAUGUGUGUAUGUGUGUGUGUGCGUGUGGAUAUUGACAUUGAAUAGUUUCUGUAUAAGGUCUAAGAGAGCUCUAAAAUGUAAAGAAAUUUGGGGCCCUUUGGUGUAUGUUUAACUGCGGUUUUAAAUAAAGAAUGAAAAUGCUUUCAUUCAAUUCACACACUGAGCAGAUGUGUGUGUGUGUAUUGAGGAAGGGUGAAAUCUGAAAGGUAGCUUGCUCUAGAAGAGUCAGGAGAUUGGAAUUAAAAUGAAACAGCGUGAUUUCACAAAGGAAGGGAAUGCGUGGAUGUGUCCAGACAUUUAAUUUCAAAUGACAGCAGCAUGGUCAGAUGAAUGCCCCCCCUCUCUCUCUCUCAUCAGGCAUUAUUAGGGGAGCUGAAAGUAAAACAUCGUCCUGAACUUCAGCCCCCUGUUUCAACACUACCACUGCUAUCUCACUGCACAGCCUCCCACAGCUCAGCUCUGCCCUCUCUCUGUCUCACUGUGCUGCCUUCUGGGCUCUCAUGUUCUCUCCUAUAUUUUAUUUUAUUUCUCCCUCUCCUCACUUCCUCCGUCUCUCCUUGAUCUGUCUGUCUUAUUUGUGUCUGUCUUUCUUUCUUUCUUCCUCUCUGUGCUGUAGAAUCCAGCAUAUCCUGGACUGUAGUCUGAUCUGUCUGUGAUUUUGUGCUUCGUACUGAUGUGAAUAAGGGAAACAUUUGCUUGGCACCAUUGUAAUGUACCAAACAAUUAGGAUUAAGCAACUUGCUUCUGUGGCCCCUCCCAAAACAGACUUGCUAUCAUUUUGUUAUCCUAGGUUUAGUAUCUUGAUUACAGUACACAUCCUUAAUAUGUCUUCUGUAGGUUUUAAAUUCUGGCCAAGAGGAGUCCUGUAAAUGAAUUAAAAACGCUAUUUUACAUUUUUUUUACACUUAUGCCUGUCUGUGCAUAAAAAGUAAAUGUCAGUCCCUACUGUUAUGGAUGACAAGCAGUACGUUGACUGAUGGGAUGUUCAAUCUACUCCCGUGUGACUUUUGUCAUUCAUGUCAGUUAGUACUGCAUAAUGAAAUGUUUUAAAGUGAACAAUAUACAUUUCCAUCUCAAAUCUUCCAUUUGAUCAUUCAGUUUGUCACUUUGAUGGAUGAGAUUCUAUCUGUAUUUUCCAUGUAUUUGCUCUUUUUAUAGUGCUAGUUUUCACUUGUUUCACCCCAAGUUUGUUGUGACGGGGGUAGAGGACUAACAGAUUUCGCAGAGGGAGCUCUGCCCGCCCUGACAGCACACUGUGAUAAAUUAUGUCCUUCAGCAGCAAUCCUGCAUCAAAUUAACUCAUUUACUUCUUUAUGAACCACAUUAUGGUGGAAAUUAUGAAUUAUGAUUGUGGAAAUUAUCCUAGUUUGGUCUUGUGCGGCAGAGUGUACUCAGAGGAUAUUAUGUAAUGCUCAUAUAUACAGCCUUAUUCUAAAAUUGAUUCAAUUCAUUUGUAUUCUCAUCAAUCUAUAAACAAUACCCCAUAAUCACAAAGUGAAAACAGGUUUUUAGAAAUUUUUGCAAAUUUAUUAAAAAUAAAAAAACUGAAAUAUCACAUUUACAUGUAUUCAGAACCUUUGCUAUGACACUCAAAAUUGAGUUGA